UGCAUUAAUCAAGCAAAAUGAAAUCAUCAAUGAGUUGGUUGCUUCUUUAUUUAAAUAUUUUACUCUUCUAUUUUCCAUUAUUUUCUUCUUCUUUCAAUUUCUUAUGCCAUUAUGAAGAAAGUUAUGCAUUGCUUCAGUUCAAGUCCUCAUUCAGUAUAGAUAUGAGUUCAUAUUAUUAUUGUAGCGACGCAUCUCUUCCUAAAACAGUGACAUGGAAAAAUGGCACUGACUGUUGCUCGUGGAAUGGAGUCACGUGUGAUAUCUCUGGUCACGUGAUUGACCUCAACCUUGGUUGUGAAGGCCUUAAAGGUAUUAUUCAUCGUAACAGUACCAUUUUCAAUUUAGCUCACCUUGAAAUGCUCAACCUUUCAAACAAUUAUUUCUCUGACUCCCAUUUUCAUUCUAAGUUUGGUGGAUUUAUGAGUCUCACACAUCUCGACUUGUCUUAUAAUGAAUUUCAAGGUGAAGUUCCACCUCAGAUCUCACACCUUUCCGAAUUAACAUCACUUCAUCUCUCUAGCAAUGAUGAGUUAGUUUGGAAAGAAACCACCUUGAAAAGGCUUGUGCAAAAUGCAACAAAUUUAAGGGAGCUUAUUUUGGAUUACACGAAUAUGUCUUCAAUAAGACUAAACACCAUAGAUUUGAUCUUCAAUCAAUCUUCCUCUUUGGUUACUCUUAAUCUUAGAUCAACAGGAUUAAGAGGAAAUUUCAAAAAUAAAAUUCUCUGUUUACCACAUAUUCAACAUCUCAUUCACUUGGAUCUUUCAUACAAUUCAUUUAGCAGUAAAAUAUCAUAUGUGUUUGGUGGGAUGAUCAAACUGCAAGAACUCGAUCUAAGUUCAAACAAUUUACAAGGACAAAUUCCAUCUUUAUUAUUUAACUUGACACAACUUGUUAAAUUAGAUUGUUCUUCAAAUAAAUUAGAAGGUCCCCUACCCAACAAAAUUACAGGGUUCCAAAAACUAACUGAUUUGAUGUUAUAUGACAACAUGAUAAAUGGAACAAUUCCUUCGUGGUGUUUAUCUUUGCCUUCUUUGGUAAAUUUAUAUCUAGCAAGUAAUCAACUAACAGAACUUCCCAGUGAAAUCUCAUCGCAUUCCUUAAAGGUGCUAUAUCUAUCAGACAACAUACUACAAGGCAACAUUCCAGAAUCGAUCUUCAACCUUGCAAACCUAACAAAAUUAUAUCUAUCAUCAAACAACUUUAGUGGUCUUGUCAAUUUUCAACACUUUUCCAAACUUCAAAAUCUAGAAGUUCUGCACCUUUCAGAUAAUAGUCAAUUGUCACUAAACUUUGAGUCCGAGGCCAAUUACAAUUUCUCUAAACUAUUUGUACUGGAUUUGUCUUCCAUGAGCUUGACUCAGUUUCCGAAAUUAUUAUUACGAAAUUACAAUAGAUUGGAUUAUCUUGAUCUAUCUAAUAACAAACUUAAUGGAAGAGUGUCCAACUGGUUGCUUGAAUCAUCAAUAAGGUUGAACCUCUCUCAAAACUUGUUCACGGCAAUAGAUCUCUCUAUGUCAAUACAGCUUGAAUUGCUUGAUCUUAGUUUCAACUUACUGGAUGGUGACCUCUCUUCUUUGUCAUUUUGCAAUAUGACUUCACUUGAAUUCCUCAACUUUGCAAACAACAAAUUGACAGGUAUCAUUCCACAAUGUCUUGCUAAUAUAUCAUCCCUCAGAAAUUUGGAUCUACAAAUGAACAAUUUUUAUGGAGCUUUGCCAAGUAAGUUUUCAAAGGACAGUAAUCUUCAAACUCUGAAUCUCAAUGACAACCAAUUAGAAGGCCAUUUGCCUAAAUCUUUGUCCAACUGCGGAGGCCUGCAAGUUUUAAACAUUGGCAACAACAAAAUUCAAGACAAUUUUCCUGACUGGCUUCACACUCUGCCAUUUUUGACAGUGUUGAUUUUGAGAGACAAUAAGUUUCAUGGUUCCAUUGCUAAUCUAAACAUCAAACGUCCAUUUCCAAGUUUAGUCAUUUUUGAUACCUCAGGUAAUAAUUUGACUGGUCUGCUACCAAAAUACUUUUUCAAAAAUUUUGAAGCCAUGAAGUAUAUUGUUACUCUAGUGGUGACAAAAUACUAUACAUCUUCUCUAUACAUAGAUGCAUCAAUCUUCCAUGAUUUAGUGUCUGUGGUGACAAAAGGGAUCACAAUGAAAUUGGUGAAAAUUCCAAUGAACUUUGUAAGCAUUGAUUUGUCAAGAAACAAAUUUGAAGGAGAGAUUCCAAAUGUUAUUGGAGAUCUUCAUGGACUCAUAGUGCUUAACCUUUCCUAUAACAGACUCACAGGUCCUAUUCCUCGAUCCAUAGCAAACUUGACAAACUUGGAAUCAUUGGAUCUUUCCUCAAAUAGGCUCACCAGUGUGAUUCCUCCACAAUUAACCAAUGUGUACAGUCUCGAAGUCUUGAAUCUUUCCAAUAACCAUCUUGUAGGAGAAAUACCUCAAGGAAAACAAUUCAACACAUUUUCAAAUGACUCCUAUGAAGGAAACUUGGGGUUAUGUGGAUUUCCAUUGACAAUGAAAUGUGGACCUCAACAAAAUUCUCCAGCUUCAACAAAGUUUUGGAGUGAAGAGAAAUUUGGAUUUGGAUGGAAACCAGUGGCAAUUGGAUAUGGAUGUGGAGUGGUGUUUGGAAUAUGCCUUGGAAGUUUUAUAUUUUUAAUGGGACAGCCAAGAUGGUUUGUGAUGUUGUUUGGUGGUCAGCCUAAGAGAAGAGUGAAAAGGAGAACAAGAGUGACUAGAAGCCAUGCUACAACCAUACAUCAGAUGAUUCAAAUGUCCUAGUUUUGUUGUUCUGAUUAUUUUAUGUAUUGUGUUAGUUUUUACCUUAUGUUUCAAAUAAGCUUCAUGUGAGUGUGACAA